CCGGUAGCGCAGCCCACGACCUCGGGUGGAGCCGGUGCUGCCUGGGAAAAGGCGGAGGGGGGGCUGGCGAGGCAGGAGCCCCGAGCCGCCCCUCCCCGCCCCGGCGGUCCCCGGUCCCCGAGCGGAGGGGGGCGGCAGCCCUGUGACUCAUGCCUGCGUCGAAGCAGAUCAACGGGCGAUUCACGCUUUUAAAAAAGCAAAUCCGAGCACUUCUCGGGGAAAAAAAAAAGGUCAUCUCGUAUUAAAUUCGGCGGCGCGAUUGGUAUUCCGACGUCGUUUCUGGCUGAGUUUAUAAGCGGCAGGUCGCUCCCCGACUGGAGUCGCCCCGCCUGGACUCCGGCGGUAAGAGCCGCCCGCUCGCCCCUUCGCAAAUUCCUUCCUGCCCACCCCACAGAGGAAUAUCGGAGGACACCCGGGCUCCGGGGACUGGGGCUUGUCUGAAAGGAUGGCUUCCUCCGCUCCCUCGUCCUCCAACGACGCUCCGGACCCCGCCCCGACUAAUUUACGACCCACAACUUACGACUCGUGGUGCGGCGUGGCUCACGGGUGCACCAGGAAGAUCGGGCUGAAGAUCUGCGGGUUCCUGCAAAGGACCAACAGCCUGGAAGACAAGGGCCGGAUCGUCAGCUCCCUGAAGGAAAGGCAGUCCUCCAAGACCCUUCUGGCAUGCGAGAACAGCGAGAAGGAAUCCAGGUUCCGGCGCACCGAGACCGACUUCUCCAAUCUGUAUGCCAGAGAUUUGCUGCCCGCCAAGAAUGGCGAGGAACAGACCAUGCAGUUUCUGCUGGAGGUUGUGGACAUCCUCCUCAAUUACGUGAAGAAGACGUUUGACAGAUCCACCAAAGUGCUGGACUUCCACCACCCACACCAGCUCCUGGAGGGCAUGGAGGGCUUCAACCUGGAGCUCUCGGACAACCCCGAGUCCCUGGAGCAGAUCUUGGUGGACUGCCGGGACACGCUGAAAUAUGGAGUGAGGACAGGUCAUCCCCGCUUUUUCAACCAGCUGUCCACAGGACUGGACAUCAUUGGCUUGGCUGGGGAGUGGCUCACAUCGACUGCUAAUACAAACAUGUUUACCUACGAAAUUGCCCCUGUUUUUGUUCUCAUGGAACAAAUAACGCUUCGAAAGAUGAGAGAGAUUAUUGGAUGGUCAAAUAAAGAUGGUGAUGGAAUAUUCUCACCUGGAGGAGCUAUCUCCAACAUGUAUAGUAUAAUGGCUGCACGCUACAAGUAUUUCCCUGAAGUCAAAACCAAAGGCAUGGCUGCAGUCCCUAAACUGGUUCUCUUUACCUCGGAACAUAGUCACUACUCAAUAAAGAAAGCUGGAGCUGCACUUGGAUUUGGAACAGACAAUGUGAUUUUGAUAAAAUGCAAUGAAAGAGGCAAAAUAAUACCAGCUGAUUUGGAGGCAAAAAUUUUGGAAGCAAAACAAAAGGGAUACGUACCUCUUUUUGUGAAUGCAACUGCAGGCACAACAGUAUAUGGAGCCUUUGAUCCAAUACAGGAGAUUGCAGAUAUAUGUGAAAAAUACAACCUCUGGCUCCAUGUGGAUGCUGCCUGGGGAGGUGGACUCCUAAUGUCCCGAAAGCAUCGUCAUAAAUUGAAUGGAAUAGAAAGAGCCAACUCAGUCACUUGGAAUCCCCACAAGAUGAUGGGAGUGUUGUUACAGUGUUCUGCAAUUCUUGUCCGGGAGAAGGGUAUACUCCAAGGCUGCAAUCAAAUGUGUGCAGGAUAUCUCUUCCAGCAAGACAAACAGUAUGAUGUAUCCUAUGACACUGGAGAUAAAGCAAUACAGUGUGGUCGACAUGUGGACAUAUUCAAAUUCUGGUUGAUGUGGAAGGCAAAGGGUACAGUAGGAUUUGAAAAUCAGAUCAACAAAUGCCUGGAGCUGGCAGAAUAUCUUUACACUAAAAUAAAAAAUAGAGAAGAUUUUGAGAUGGUUUUUGAAGGAGAGCCAGAGCAUACAAAUGUAUGUUUUUGGUUUAUUCCGCCAAGUCUCAGGGGCAUGCCAGACUGUGAUGAGCGAAGAGAAAAGUUACACAGGGUGGCACCGAAAAUCAAAGCACUGAUGAUGGAGUCGGGUACUACCAUGGUUGGAUAUCAGCCUCAGGGUGAUAAAGUCAACUUCUUCCGAAUGGUCAUCUCAAACCCAGCAGCAACUAAAUCUGACAUUGACUUCCUCAUUGAGGAAAUAGAGAGAUUGGGGCAGGAGCUGUAGUACGGUGGCUGGAUUAUUUGUUUCUCUAAUUCAGUUUUCCAGCACUGGCUAUUUUUUUAAACCAGUUCUGCAGAACACGUUUUAAGGAAAUUCUCUUUCUGUAAGUUCCAGUCUCCUAAGAUGUCCUUAAGCAAAACAACUAUAGGUUACCGAAACAUAUGUGUUGGUAGAUCAUAUUACUGAGGGAAAAAGUAUUAUCUUGAAGUAUUAUCGACUCUUGCAUUGGUCUUGUUAAUUCUAGUCAGCAGGAAAUUAGUAAGUACUAAAAUAGCAAAUUAAGAAUUCUACACGGUAUAUAUGUACAGUAUAAAUAAAUAUAUAUAAUGAUAUAUAUAUACAUACAUAUAUAUAUAAAAAGUGGUUAUAAACUUAGAUCUAAGCCACAGCAUGUUUUCCACUUUAAGAGAAUUAACUUUUCCUUCAACAACUAAUGAUGUGGAUAAUGUGCUACAGAUUUUUCUGCCAAGUAAAAAUAGGCGUACAGAAACAUUUCUAAAAUGUAGAUUCUUAGGAGCUAAAGAAAAUGUAUAAGAGCAUUAAAUUUUAUUGUUGGUGCUUCUCUCACAUACAAAACAACAAUCUCUAACAGCACCUUCGAGUAAAAUAGCUGUAUUUCCUCUUUAGUGUCACGUCAGGGGAUAAUAGUAGCAGAGUCGUUGUAACAGGUAUAUUAUUGCUGUAUUUUUAGGGGUUAAUUUGUGUAGAUUGUGUAUAUUAUUGUUAAAUGACUUUGUGUAAAAGGAUUUAAAUGUAAUAGUUUUACAGCGAAAUAACUGUUGAAUUGUAGGUAUAUGAAAUAUUUGCUUAUUUAUAUGCAGAGAUUUACCAUGCUGAAGAAUUGUCUUGUAUUUUCUUCCAUUUGUAAUGUAUCCUAUUUAUAUAUUAUUGAAGUUCUAAAUAAUGUUUAUGGUAUUUUAGUGUCUUUGUGAGCCAAAGAAAAAAUACAAAAAUAUUAGUUGAUACUUCCAUUUAAAUCCUAGUGCCCUUAAAAUUAUAACUUACAGAUCAUUUUACUGAAUAUAAUGAAUUCUAACAUUGUGUAUAGACUGUCAAAUGAUGAGAUCCCUUUAAUCUAUUAGAAUUUUCAGUUUUAUUUAUUGUAAUGUCAGACUGUCUGUUGAGUGUUUUGAAUGCUUUUAUAGUGAAUGUUGGUUGCUAACCAAGGCCCCUGUUUUUGAGUUGUAUUUCAGGACUAAUCUCUUCCUGAGGUCUAUAGCAUUUCUGUGGGAGUUUUAACCAGCACCAUUCUUUUAGUGAAAUGGAAUUCGCUAUGUGUUUGGAGCUUGUAAGAUAAAUAAAACCAAAUAUCACCUCAGAAUCUUUAAAUACAGCUGGCUUGUCACAACAGUUUCAGCUGGCUAGACUUCAAAGUAUAGGCACCAGUCAUCCGCAGCUUGCUCGGUUUUAAUCAUUAGAUAAUCAAUAAUACCGAGUGGAAAACUCCAUAGUGGUAGCAGAGUAGUGGAACAAAAUGAAGAUUCAAUAAUCCUCUGUCUACUAAGUUACUGUCACAGUGAUAAAUGAAAUAUGCUAAUUUCAAAUCUUUUGAUAUGUGAUUCUAUGCCUGUCUUAUGUGCAAGUCAGUAAUUAAUUGCUUUGGGUUUGUGCUUCUAUUUUCUUCCUCCAAAUCCGUAAUAACAUAAAACUAUUUUAGAAACAUUCAGUGAAACACAGUCAUGCUAGGCAGUUUUCACAGCCUCUCUGCCCCACUUCAGUCCUGUGGAAAGACAGCUACAGCCAGGAGAGAUUUCCAUCCUGUAGGUCCCACUAGUUGUCUUCAGAGGAUGCUGUCUCGCAUCUGCUUUGGGUCACAGCAGGGAGGAGGAAGGAGCUGUCAUGAUAACAUUCCCUUUUUCACUUUUCAUAGGACUAUUGCUUAUCCCUCUUCCAUAAUUUUCUGUGAAACUUUUUCUGAAAAUUAUUGGAGUCGAAUCAAAAAAAUUAUUACAAAGUCAUCACUAUAUCUUAGAUUCAUGAGUAUUACUUUAACCGGGUUAUCUACAUCAAUACCUCUAUGGCACUAACCCCCCCCAGUAAUCUCACCAGCACAGCAUUUUUUUCAUUAGAUUCUUUUCCUCAAAAGAGUGUAAUGGGGUUUCUUGCCUUCUUGAUCUUAAACCUCAGUUUUCCUUAAUUAUAACCCUGAUAUCUUACCAUGUCUUCAUUACCUAACAUUUCUUGAUGUAAACAUCCAUGCUGUAUGAACCGAGGCCUGCAAUAUAGAAGUAGUUAGUACGAACAUUGACUUCAGUACCAACUUCCGUAAUAUUAAAUGUCAUUCUUUAUAGAUAUCAGCUGUUUGUCAAGACUAGAGGGCCUCACCUUGAGAGCUGUUUUUAGAGUACAGAAAGAAGCUUGUUUUGAAGAGGGACUACAAGUCACAUUUUGAUUUACAGGCUUCUGCCUGGAAUCUGGUCUCUGUCACAGUUUUAUUCAAAGGGCAGCUACAGAAGAUUGAAAAAUUUCCCUUAAUUCUUGUUUAUGAGAAAAAAAUAUGAGCUAAUAUAGUCAAUGCAAAGACGUAUAGUUGCAGACCUGGCUUCACUAGGGGAUUUUACAUCUUCCACGCAAGCAACACCAUGGUCAUUGUGAUUUCUUCAGCCAAUUCUUAGGCGGGAAUUUCUGGCUUCCUCUACUUCCCUGGUCAAGUGAUUUCAGCAAUGGUAUUAAAGAUCCCAAUUUACCUUUAAUCCUCUAACCUUAAUAUUUUAACCUAAAGAACCUCAUAUCCGGAUAAUCAUGUCAGCAUUCUAAUAAAUUUUUUUUUGUAUUUGAAGUGUUCUAUCUCCUAGAAGCACGUAAACUUAGCAAAGAGAAUCAUUCUCGUGUAACUGAGAGUGAAACUUUAGGAAAAAUUGUAAUAUGGCUUACUGUCAUUCAUCCACAAGCCUUGGACAGUCCUGUGAUGUAGUCAGGAAUAGAUCUAGAUCUCUUCAGCACAUAUACAAUGUUUGUUUGCUAAAGUUUCUGCUUCUUCAUCCAGUAGGGUAUCUUGUGUUCUGGACGUCAGAAGCAUCAGAGUUUCUGGCUGUUGCCAUUGACGGUUUGCAGCUAAGUGGGAAUUAUGGACCUCCUCCUGCUUGUUUCAGGAGUGAGACAGUUAACACAGCGGUGUUUCCUCAAGACAGAGAGUUUAUCUUCCUACCCUCUGCAUUUUUUAUCUUGCCUUUCUGCAGUGUUGUGUCUUGACACACUAUAACCGCAAUCACAUUUUUGCAAAGCUUUUAAUUCUUAUAUCAGACUCUACACUGUGCACCUGCUUCCACAGACACUGUGCUCAUAAUAAUUUCCAACUCAGUUAGCUGAUUUUAACAGUGCAGUUAUGGUUUUCCAUGAGAAAACUUAUCUGUGUUUUCUUCUCAGUAGGUAAUUUUCAUCUGAGUAAUAUGUUACAUCUUCUCAGACAAAAGCUUAUGUGGAGUUUUCCUGCUUUUUAAUCCAUACAUUAUUGACUGUGAAAGAUCAGGAAGUAUGGAUAUACCGAAGUGUUGACUAAUUCAAAGCAUUGCAAUUCCAGGUGAGUAACUUUGUUUUUCUGAGGUUUAAAUACAUUCUAAAGUAGCAAUUUUGCCUCUAAUAUCACACAAUCAUUGUAGUUUUGUGUGGAUGAAUUCAGAUCAAAUAAACACUAGGCAAGAUUUUAGCUGAACGUGUAACUGUAGUGCUUUUUACUGACGUAAUUUAUUUUGAAAAGACCGACCAUUGGAUAAAAAUCAACAGCAGCUGUUGAUUUUUAAUGAGAAAAAAUCUGAUUGUAUUAUUAAAUGUACUUUUAAGAGAAUGUAGUUAGGUUAUACCAUUCACAGCAGGCAGACGGAACCGGGGCCUUGGGAUAACCUAGGAUUUUAAAAUAAUCAUUGACUUAGUUCAUAAUCUGUUUUUAGAACGGUGACAAAUAUGAAGAGAUUUUUUAAACGGAAUCUCUGUUUUGUGGUUUAAGAAAUGUUGAAGUUAUAAGAAGAUAUGCAAUGCAGUUUUAAUUUUUCAAUAAAAGUUGAUCUUAAAACUGUCUCAUUUGUCUCAUAUAAUUUUUGUGACUCUUGUUUCCUUAAGAAUAUGAGACAAAAGCCGUACAACAUUAACCUUGACAUGAAAACCAGGCAAAUGCAAAAGCUACUAUUUAAUUUUAAUUGUGAAUUGAAUGUGAGCUUGUACCAACACAGACUGGGAAUGAACUACAAGCUCUGAAGCUUGAUCUGUUUGAACAGAGUUGUCGAGAUAUUAGUACUGUGUCAAAAUGCUAAAAAAUAGAGAAAUUAAAAACCUUUGUGUGGUCUUCUGUGAGGUUUCUGAAGUCCUCAUCCAGCUCACAAAGAGGAUCCAAGAAAGUAAAUGGGAACUUUGGAAUGGGUAAAAAAAUCCAAGAUCAAGCCGUUGUGGUAAAAGCCCUGCUAUUUAAUCUUUGGAUAUAUUUACAGAAAUUAUUUCUUGCAAUGCCAGUCUUACUCCCAGGAUGACUUGAAUGCAUGCUUAACUUUGUACACUUUGCAAAAAAAAAUUAUUUUGAUUGCUUUAGAUUAGGAUGAGUUUUCUUAAGAAGAGUUUUCUUUCCAAAUUGAAGAACAUUGUGCAGACAUAAGAAAGCUAUAUAUUGCAAAGAAACUUACUAAGUCCAUUAGCAUAGCAUGCAAACACCAUAAUGUAAAGCACUAAAAGUUAUGGAAGAUGACUGUAUCACAUGUGAGUAUUGAGGAAUGUUCAGCUUGCAUAGACAGUGUUCAGUAAAAUGUUAGAAUCACAAUGAGAUGAUUUGUAGUUAGGUACGGCUCCCUGAAGUCAGGAGAAUUGGAUCUGCCUGAAUUUCUUCUUUAGUGUUUUAUGAUUUGCAAAUUGUGAAAGUUAUGCUUAGGGUGAUGGUACAUGAAUAUGUGGAGUACUACGCACUCAAGAACUGCAACUAAGCUAGUGAAGAGGAAAUGAGAAGACACAAGCAUCGACUGAAAGCAAUGGUUAAAAGGAAGGCUGGCUAUACAGUGUGGAAGGUUUGGGUUUCACUGGGGCAUUUGGAAGAGUCAAAAUUCUGGACAAAGCAGAUGUAAAAUUAAGGUUAGAAUAAACAAUAAGAUUCAAGCAGAUUUUUUUGAGUACACAUUGCGAGGAAAGAAACAAAAUCUGGUUCUCUAUUUUAAUAGAUCUAUCUACUGAGGAAAAGUGGAGCGUUGUUUAGUAAUGUUGAUAUCAGAAAAAUUUGAAGAUAAGAUAUUACAUGCUUUGAUUUAUUUGUGCUAUUUAUUAGAUAACCUUUUCAUCAUCUGAAUGUAGUUAUUUCAGACCGGACUAGUAUAUUUUAUAUGUGUAUGUGCAAGUGUAUUUAAAUUCCUCGACAUAAAGCACAAGGACAUAUGCAUGUAUAUACUCAGUGUGUAUCAGAAAGAAUGAAGUCUUGCAUGACGUUGACCACUUUUUGUAAGAAUUUCAGGAUAUC